GGCCCAGAGCUCUUACCUCUAGGUAAUUACUACUGGUAACUUCUUUUCUCCAUCAUCAUCUCCCAUCGUCAUCAUCCGACGCGGCUCUUGCCGUUUGAAAACAAAACCGAAACCACCCAAGGCUCUCUUCAUUCUCGUCUGUCAUUUGCUCUACACACACCAAGUGCCUUGGUUCCUACGAAUCCCGUGCACGUCUCGAUCAACGCCGCAUUAGUCAAGCUCAACAAAAACAGAAAAAAGUCCGCAAACUUGCGCGUCACCUCUGAUCAGGCCCGCGAAGAUAAAAAAAAGAAAAAAAGAAAAAAAAGGAAGAAGCAAUCCGUGCCCCGCUCGAACACGCAUCUACCUCGCAUCAAUAACCACGAACGGCACUAGGUACCGAUGGCUCGACAGAAGUCUGUGAAGAAAGUAGUAGACACGGUGGCGGCAGCGGUGGAGGACGCAGCUGGAGAUGCGGUCAAGGCUGCGGACCCCGUCGCACUCGCAACUUCGAUCGCCAUGCCAGCCGUAGAGGCUGCCGUCGAAGUUGCCCAGACUCACAAAGUGGUGCCUGCGCAGUUGAAGCGUGCGCGACUACCGGGUGCUGUCCGCUUUGCCCUGGUUGCCAUCCUGAGCUUUUAUCUUGAGUCUCUUGGGCGUUCCUUGGUGGCGGAAUACACUCACGGCGAGCUGGCCAAGGUUGUUAGGCCUGCCUCGUCUCUAACGCAGACGGAAGCGCUUGCGUUAGCCGGUUGGAAAUUAUUUGGACUUGCUCUGGGUUGGUACGGAAACUAUGACGGUUUUGACCUUGCUGCUCUGGCUGUCCUUUCUCAUGGCCCAAUGGCCUACCUGAUUUCUACUUACUAUGGCAUCCGUGCUUCGACUGCCGGCGCCUACCUUGCCGUUGAGGUCGUAUCGACCUUUGUUCCCUUCCUCCUCUUGCGCCAGCUGUCGGGCGCCCACUCAGCCGCACCUGGUAUCCCUAAUCGGGACAUUGUUGUCGACAGGCAGAUCCAGGUGCUUACAUCGCUACUUUCCGCCCUCGUCUACAGCGUUACACUGUUUUUGGCCUGCCGGACUUUCCUCCCCACGAACUUUGUGCUCUACUUUGAGGGUAUACGUACCAUUGAGCCUGCUCAAGACGCCCAACUCUUCAGUUUCAACCGCCCGCUGACGCAGAUCCUUUGCCUGCUCUUCGGCGUGGCUGCGCGUACCCUGAUAUUUACUCCUUCUGUCACGGCUUCGCCCACCAUCAGGGACCAGGAAGUUGCGGAGUUUGAUCCGGCCACCGCCAACCUUGGACAGACCAUCUACUGGAACCUUUGGGGGUACACCACCCCGACCAAGGUCUCAGUCAAGAGGACUGCCGUGGCCAUGCUUUUUGCUGGAGUUGAUACCUAUUUGCAGGCUACCACUGUCCUCAGCGGCGUAGACUCGUACGGAGCAGCUGUCUAUGCGAGCGUCUGGGUUCUGGCUGCCGCAAUCACGGGCCUGGCUUUGAGAUAUGUAGGAAGUGUGUAGGCUACCUCCGGUUGCGGUUAGGGGAUGUUGGAGAUAGGCAGCACUUGCUGGAUUAAAUUUCUUCACCUUUCAGAAUGAAGUCAUGUGUCACAGUACAUGUUCUCUUGGACGCCAAUGGUUUAUCCUUUCACAUAGAAGUAUUUUUUUCCCCCCCAAAAAAAUUCAAAAAAAUCAUGAAACUACGCAAUACGCGCAGCAUCUCACCGAGCGUGAUAAUGUUGAUCUGACGCC